AUGUUGAUUCCAUUGUUAAACCCUGAAAUAACUCGCAUCAUAAUCAUCCCGGCUGCCACCGGAGCUGUUUCCCUGAAGCUUAGCUGGCAUUUGGGAGACGCAGAUGGAGGGAGGAGAGAGGACGAAAGCAGAGACGUCAGGCACAACCCACUUCCACCGGUGGACUACAAAUACCGGAGACGCGCGGGGUGCAUUUGUAUUUACACCGCUGUCAUUACGCACGCGUUUGGCCGCUGUGGCUGUCUCUUUACGCACAGCCCGAUAGCCCUCACGGAGCUCACUUCGGCUCGGACCGGCUUCGUUUCUCGGACCACAGCGGCGCGGCAGGAAAAGCAGGAGACAAAGGAACAACCUCCAGCUGCUGAAGGCUCCGAAAACAAACAGGAGAUCCACUCAGCGCCGGAGACAAAGGCGAUCGAUCUUGAAGCCACAAGAGGCAGGACUUGUCUGUGCUGGUGCCCGCUGACAGAGGCAGGAUGCUGGCUAAGAUCCUGGAGGACAUGUGGGUGGACCCGGACGUCCUGGAGGCUCUGA